CGGAGGCUGCGCCGGGCGGCUCCGGAGGCCGGCCGGGCGCUCGGCCCAGCCUGCGGCCGCGGCGUGCGCCCCCGGCAGAGCCCUAGGCUCCGUGGCCAUGAACCCCGUGGUCGUGGUCCACGGCGGCGGCGCCAGCAACAUCUCCAAGGACCGGAAAGAGCGAGUGCGCCAGGGGGUCGUCAAGGCGGCCAGCGAGGGCUACGCGGUGCUCAAGGCGGGCGGCAGCGCCGUGGACGCGGUGGAAGGAGCCGUGGCUGUCCUGGAGGACGACCCCGAGUUCAACGCAGGUUAUGGGUCUGUCUUGAAUGUAAACGGUGAAGUUGAAAUGGAUGCUAGUAUCAUGGAUGGAAAAGACCUGUCCACGGGAGCAGUGUCUGCAGUCCGCUGUAUAGCAAAUCCCAUUAAACUUGCACGGCUCGUUAUGGAAAAGACCCCGCAUUGCUUUCUGACUGACCAAGGUGCAGCCCAGUUUGCAGCAGAGAUGGGGAUUCCAGAGAUUCCUGGAGAAAAGCUGGUCACAGAGAGGAACAAGAAACGCCUGGAAAAAGAGAAGCAUGAGAAAGCCGCCCAGAAACCAGACUGUCAGAAAAACUUGGGAACCGUGGGUGCUGUUGCCUUGGACUGCAAAGGAAAUGUAGCCUAUGCCACCUCCACAGGAGGCACCAUCAAUAAGCUGGUCGGCCGGGUCGGGGACUCGCCGUGCGUAGGAUCUGGAGGUUACGCUGACAACAGCAUCGGAGCCGUCUCAACCACAGGGCACGGGGAAAGCAUCCUGAAGGUGAACCUGGCCAGACUCACCCUCUUCCACGUAGAACAAGGAAAGACAUUAGAAGAAGCCGCUGACCUGUCGCUGUGUUAUAUGAAGUCAAGGCUCAAAGGUUUGGGUGGCCUCAUCGUGGUCAGCAAAACGGGAGACUGGGCAGCCAAGUGGACGUCUGCCUCCAUGCCCUGGGCAGCCGCCAAGGACGGCCAGCUGCACUUUGGAAUCGAUCUUGACGACACCAAGGUCACAGAGCUGCCCUGAGUCUCCGGAAAGUGGAAAGUCGUCUUGCUUUGCGUGCUGGCUUGGACGGAUAUCCUGGUGCGAAGGCUUAGCUUAACCAAUUAGAUCUAGAAAUGGAAAAAUGA